AAAGGAAACGCGUUUCUCCUACUCACCAACAGCUGCAAACUUUCCUCACAUGCUCGAGCUCUGCACGUUUCUUCAUGACGGCGCAGGUGUGCGUGUUGUACUUCGCUAAAAGCGUCGAGCUGACGGGUGUGAAGGAAGAGAAGACUGUUGCCGUGCCAACACCAAUCAGCAGCCACGACCUUUGGAAGCUGUUGGUACAGCGGCACCCAAGACUGUGUACGCUGCAGGACGGUGUUGUGUUGGCAGUGCGUCAGGAGUACGUUCCCAUCGGCGACCAGGUGCUGACUCUGGGAGACGGAGACGAAGUCGCCGUAGUGCCGCCACUCAGCGGGGGCUAGAGACUCGAGACUAUGUCGAAGGGGCCGAGAGAUGUCUUCAAGCUGAGCCAUGAUUGGCUCUCUGUGCAGGAAGUGGUCGAUGCUGUCAGCAGCCCUUCCUGUGGAGCCAUUUCAGUGUUUAUAGGUACAACUCGCGAGGAUGAGGCAGACAGCAGGAAGGUGGUUGGACUGGAGUACGAGGCAUAUGAGCCCAUGGCCCAAUCAGAGUUCAACAAGCUGUGUGCUGACAUCAGAGCACGCUGGCAAAGCGUGACACACAUCUGCGUCCACCACAGGCUCGGGUGGGUAAAGGUGGGCGACGCCAGUGUUGUCAUGGCGAUCUCAUCCCCUCACCGCCAUGACGGCCAGCAGGCGAUCCAGCACUGCAUCAGCCAGUUGAAGGCUAAUGUCCCCAUUUGGAAAAAGGAAGUUUAUGACACGCAGGAGGCGAACUGGAAGGAGAACGCUGAGUGUUCAUGGUCCACUCAGAAGAAACCUCCAGAAAACACAUUGUCUGAGGGAAAACCUGAAUAAAAAAAAUGUGAUAAAACACAGAUACUUGUGGUGGGUGGAGCCAUAAUUAUGUGUUUAGAUCAUUUGGAGUUUAACUCUUAAUUCUCUUCAUUUAAAACACAAUAUUUAAAAAAAAAACUAAUUAUCAUGUAAUGCUUAAAACAUGUUUUAAAUUUAUAUUUUUGUGUUGACUGAGUCUGAUGGUCACGUUAAUUUUUUGGUGCUAAGAUACUAAAUGCUAGAUACUAAAUGUACGAAUGCUGUAAAAUCUUCCAAAAUGAACUAAAACCAUCAUCAGAAUGUGAAGAAAAAACUGCUGUAAAACUUUGUGUCCAAAACAUCUGUGUGUUAUUUUGAAGAGCUAUCAACUUGAA